AUACAGACAAAUAAAAUAUCAAUCGCAGUUCAAUAGUUCAUCAAGCUCUCCUCUUGACUCUUGAGCCAAAAAGAAAUAGGCUUUAAAAUUUCUAAUUUAAUUUCAUUAAAAAACUUAUCGUAGCAACAUUUUAUUGGAAUUCGACAGAAGCAGCACCAGCCAUCUGCGAGGAAGGAGACAUCACCCAGAAGCAGCGCAUCGACCGACGCACACAGACUUGGAAGUUGUCUAUUUUAUGCAUUAACAUCAUCCAAGUUGAAGUUGAAGCUGGUUUUGUGGUUGCAUUGAUUCUGCCUCCUUUCUAAUCAUGGUUGACACCAAUGCUGGUUCCUUCUUCUCUGAUAAAUCAGCAAAGAUCUUUGUAGCAGGUCAUCGAGGGUUAGUAGGAUCUGCCAUAGUCCGUAAGCUCCAAUCCUUUGGAUUCUCCAACCUUGUUCUCCGAACCCAUUCUGAACUCGACCUCACUGUCCAAUCUGCUGUUGAUGCCUUCUUUACUUCUGAGAAACCUAAAUUUGUCAUACUUGCUGCUGCUAAAGUUGGGGGCAUCCAUGCUAAUAACACCUACCCUGCUGAUUUCAUUGCCAUUAACCUUCAAAUCCAAACUAAUGUUAUCCACUCAUCUUUCACCCAUGGUGUUGAAAAGCUCCUCUUUCUUGGUUCCUCCUGCAUUUACCCUAAGUUUGCCCCUCAACCAAUCCCUGAAUCUGCACUUUUGACCGGUCCUUUGGAGCCCACCAAUGAAUGGUAUGCCAUUGCUAAAAUUGCUGGAAUCAAAAUAUGCCAAGCUUAUCGAAUUCAACAUAACUGGAAUGCGAUUUCUGGGAUGCCCACUAACUUAUAUGGCCCUAAUGACAAUUUCCAUCCCGAGAAUUCCCAUGUUUUGCCUGCGUUGAUUCGGAGGUUCCACGAAGCGAAGGUGAGCAAGGAUAAGGAGGUGGUUGUGUGGGGGAGUGGAUCUCCUUUGAGGGAGUUCUUGCACGUUGAUGAUCUUGCCGAUGCUGUUGUGUUUAUGAUGGAUAAGUAUAGUGGGUUGAGCCACUUGAACGUUGGGAGUGGGAAGGAGGUGACUAUUAAGGAAUUGGCCGAGCUUGUGAAAGAGGUUGUUGGGUUCGAAGGGGAGCUUGUUUGGGAUAAAACUAAACCAGAUGGCACCCCGAGGAAGCUUAUGGACAGCUCUAUGUUGAUGGAAUUGGGUUGGGAACCCAAAAUUUCGCUUAAAGACGGUCUUGUAGAUGCUUAUAAAUGGUACUUGGAGAAUUAUGCUGCCAAGCAAUGAUGCUGGCCUUGAUCAGGACCGGUUGACGAGGAAGAUGAUUGGCCUGGGUGAACGAACGGAUGGACUUUAUUUUUUCUGUGGAACCCCGUUAGUCAAGGUGUGUGCGGUUGAGACAAAAUGUGUGGUCGAACUGUGGCAUCAACGAAUGGGGCAUCCAUCGGAACGAAUUGUGAAGCUUCUUCCUCCUGUGAGUGGCGCGGCAGCCCUCAACAGGAGGAGUGCGGCUCUGCCAUCCUUUUGUCCUAUUUGCGGAAUCCCUUGGGUUUUCCAAAUUUUUUGUUUUUUUGUUGUUAGGAGAAAUAAUAAUGUAUGCGAUGUUUGUCCUCGUGCUAAGCAUACUAGGAAUCCUUUUCCUGUUAGUGAAAAUAAAGCUGGUGAAAUGUUAGAAUUGAUACAUUUAGAUUUGUGGGGGCCCUAUAAGACACAUUCGUCUUGUGGUGCUCGAUAUUUUUUAACUAUUGUAGAUGAUUUGUCUAGAGGAGUAUGGAUUUAUUUGCUUCGUAAUAAAACUAAGGUUGAAGAUGUGUUUAUGAA